AACAAGAGGCAAAAAAUGCAUCUACUCUUUCGGUGCUCAGCAAAAACCGCCACGACCGCCACUCGCUACCUCGCCCUCCCGCCAAAAACCCCAUCCUCUUCCUCCUCCUUCUUCCACUCCUCCCAACCCCGUCACCAAACACCCGAUAUCGGCUCUCCUUCCAGAGUCCAAAAGCUCAUCGCCUCCCAAUCCGACCCUCUCCUCGCCAAAGAAAUCUUCGACUACGCCGCCCGCCACCCAAAUUUCCGCCACUCCUACGCCUCCUACUUCACUCUCAUUCUCAAGCUCGGUCGGUCCAAAUACUUCUCCCUCGUCGACGACCUCCUCCUCCGCCUCAAGUCCCAAAACUACACCGUUUCCCCCGCCCUCUUUUCCCACCUGAUCAAAAUCUACGGCGAAGCCAAUCUGCCCCAGAAAGCCCUCCGAGUGUUCUAUACUAUGAUGGAGUUCGACUGCAGGCCUUCCGUCAAACACCUGAACCGCAUUCUUCAGAUUCUCGUUUCUCACCGGAACUUUCUCCGGCCGGCGUUCGACGUCUUCAAGGAUGCUCACCGUCACGGGGUGAUGCCCAAUACGGAAUCCUACAAUAUACUGAUGCGUGCAUUUUGUUUGAACGGGGAUCUCAGCAUUGCCUACCAACUGUUCAACAAAAUGUUUGAGAGAGACCUUGUGCCGGAUGUGCAUUCGUAUCGGAUUCUGAUGCAGGGGUUGUGUAGGAAGGGGCAGGUGAAUACCGCGGUCGAUUUCUUGGAGGAUAUGCUGAACAAAGGGUUCGUGCCCGAUACGCUGAGCUACACCACUUUGUUGAAUAGUUUGUGUAGGAAGAAGCAGCUUCGUGAGGCGUAUAAGCUACUUUGUAGGAUGAAGGUGAAGGGGUGCAAUCCUGAUAUUGUGCAUUACAACACUGUUAUAUUGGGAUUUUGUCGAGAAGGGCGCCCGGCGGAUGCUUGUAAGGUUCUCGAGGAUAUGGCAUCUAAUGGGUGCUUACCAAAUUUGUUAUCUUAUCGGACUUUGGUUAGCGGGUUAUGCGAUCAUGGGAUGCUUGAUGAGGCUAAGAGUUAUAUGGAGACGAUGGUGUCAAAGGGGUUCUCGCCGCAUUUCUCGGUCAUUCAUGCUUUGGUUAAAGGGUUCUGCAAUGUGGGUAGGGUUGAGGAAGCUUGUGGAGUUUUGGAGGAGGUGUUAAAGCACGGAGAGGUUCCUCAUACGGAUACUUGGAUAACGGUGGUUGCUGGGAUAUGCGAAGAGAUUGAGCUGGUGAGAAUGGAGGAAAUGCUGAGAGAGGUAAUGAAGGUGGAAAUUAGGCCAAACACUAGAAUCGUGGAGGCAGCGUUUGGUUUGGAGGAUUACUUGAUCAAGAAGAUACAGGCUAACCCUAGGAGAGGUUAUUAAAUUCUUUACGGCACAUGUUCCUGGUUUUUGUAACUCCCUGUAGGCUCUGGCAUGAGAGAUCUGUUAGAUUUUGGUCAAGCUACUAGCUCCACUUACAGCCCAGUCACAAAUGUGACGAAUGCUCUUCAAAAGGCUUCAUCCCGCAAGUAACUGAAAUUAUUCUUCAGGGAUCAUGGAAGAACUGGAUGCGCUUAUGGUUCACGGCAAGGAUGAUCGCAAUGCUACUGAAACAGAUCUCUUUCUGGGAUUGUGGAGGAGCUGUAUGCUUUUGUGUUUGUUUGUAGACAAAGAUGAGCCUACUCGCACUGUUUGAGCAUUGACGUUGUUGCUGUCGUUAGGCUGAAAUUCAGACAUCCUACCUUGAAGUCAGCCGACGUUUUACAAGAAGCUUUCUUAGUUUUGAUUCAGAGCAAACCAUGGGAGUCAAACAAACACUCAGGAAAACGCAGAGGUCAGCUUGUGGUGUACAACAUUGUUUUUCUGAAAUACUUUCAUAAGAAUAUCUUUUCUUGCUUUGUCGACUUAAUUUUCGCGAUAUUUACUAGUUAAUUGUCCUGCAGCAAACAAAUUGAUAUUCUGAUAGAAAUAAUGUAUAUUUUCUCUGCAUGAAUAUGCAAAACUUAACAAGUAUUCUUAUUGUAUCAUCUAUUAGUCUCUUAA